CGUCGGUCUAUGUAUUAGGCUCUCCUUGCUUCAACGACUUCUGAGUGGAUACUAUGAGCAAGAAGGUGGUCGGAGUGCUCGGAGGUGGCCAGCUUGGCCGUAUGCUAGCUGCAUCAGCAUCGCUUCUCAAUGUAGACGUCAUCAUUCUCGAUUCCGGUGAAUCUGCACCUGCGAAGCAGAUCCUCUCCCCACGAAAUCCGUCACUGGCACAUAUCGAUGGGUCGUUUUCAGAUCCCGCUAAAAUCAGAGAACUGGCACGGAGAGCUGACGUCCUUACGGUGGAAAUCGAACACGUGGAUGUACGUGUAUUGGAGGAGAUCGAGUCGGAACAAGGGAUUGCUAUUCACCCUAGUCCGUCUACCAUCAAGGUCAUCCAAGACAAAUUCGUGCAAAAGUCUCACUUGCGCGAUCAGGGGUGCCCAGUCUCGGAAUUCAUUCCUGUCGACUCGACUGUAGAGUCGAUACAACAAUGUGCUCGUACCCUUGGUCUCCCGUUCAUGCUCAAGAGCCGGACGUUGGCGUAUGAUGGUCGAGGGAAUUACGUUGUUCGGGAGGUAGGCGACGCCGUCGAGGCACUCAAAGCCCUUGGAAACCGACCACUUUAUGCGGAAAAAUGGGUCCCAUUCACAAGGGAAAUCGCAAUCAUGGUUGUGCGCACUACGCAAGGCGAAGUGCUCUCAUACCCUGUUGUAGAAACCGUCCACAAGAACAACAUAUGUCACCUCGUUUUUGCGCCGUUACGCAGUUCCGACCCGAGCGUGGCCGAAAACAGUCAGCGAAUAGCAGAAUCUGCUGUCAAAACCUUCCAAGGUGCAGGUAUCUUUGGGGUUGAAAUGUUUCUGAUGGAAGACGGUUCGAUCUACAUCAACGAAAUUGCUCCUCGACCACACAACUCAGGUCAUUACGCUAUCGAAGCUUGCGAGACGUCGCAGUUUGAGAAUCACCUUCGUGCCGUGCUCUCGCUACCUUUAGGCUCCACAGCGCUCAAAGUGCCUUCUGCCGCUAUGCUCAACAUCAUCGGCACGUCCUCGUCCAUGGAUGAAAUUCGCACGUUCGCUUCUACUGCACUUACUGUACCAGGCUGUACGGUCCAUCUGUAUGGAAAAUCCGACUGCCGCAAGGGUCGUAAGAUGGGUCAUGUUACGGUCGUUGGCGACUCUGACGCUACAGUACGUGCGCGUUUACGGCCACUUCUGUCUGCCCUCCCGGGAGGAGGCAACCACACAGAAGAAGUCGAACGCUACGCCCCCCUAUCACAGGAGCCAGGGAGUGGGCAUUCAAGCAAACACCCUCUCGUCGGCAUUAUUAUGGGCUCGGACUCUGACCUCCCAGUAAUGCUCCCAGCUGCGCGCACCCUGGACAAGUUUUCUAUUCCGUACGAACUCACGAUUGUCUCUGCUCACCGGACACCAGACCGCCUUGUCAAGUACGCGCGUUCCGCCAGCGCUCGCGGCCUGCGUGUCAUCGUUGCGGGAGCCGGUGGAGCAGCACACCUUCCGGGGAUGGUCGCGGCCAUGACGCCAUUGCCUGUUAUCGGUGUCCCGGUCAAGGGAAGUUCCCUCGAUGGCGUUGACUCACUGCACAGUAUCGUGCAAAUGCCGCGUGGCAUCCCUGUCGCGACUGUCGCCAUUAAUGGCGGGAUGAACGCAGGAUUGUUGGCAGUGCGUAUCUUGGGCACUGGCAUUCCGCAUCUCUUCACUGCUAUGGAUACAUACCUAAAGACACUUGAGAUGGAGGUGAUGGAGAAGGUGGACAAGUUAGAGAAGGUUGGAUGGGAAAAGUACGAAGUUAAACGGUAAAGCAGACGCUUUACCAUCCGCUCACAAAGACCACCUUGUACUAGGAUAGAGUAUGGAGACGCUACAUAGAGAGGUACUUGCAGUUGGCUACCCUCAUACUCUUGGUCGGUCACAACGUCACCGAAGGUAAUCAGGCACAUAAACUGACUUCGGAAAAUCUGUUGUAGAUGUUCUCACUCGAAACCAGGCUUCUCGAACAGAAUUUCAGUCUUUUGGUAUAGCACGCAUCAGUAAUACACAUCCUGCUCUCCUCUCUGUCGGUGCUUUCCUGCUCUGAAACAGG